AUGCGGCGGCGCGGCGAGCGGGGCGGCGGCGGCGAUGGCCAGGGCCGCGGCGAUGGCCAGGGCCGCGGCGAUGGCGGCAGUGGCCGAGCGGAGGGCAAGCCCGGUGCGGCCCAGCGGGAGCGGAGCUGGCUGGCCUGGUGCCCUGGCUUGCGCACACUCUUCCUGGAGCUGCUCCUCCUCUACUUCUCCGUGCCCUUCUUCAUCCGCCUCUUCCCAGUCCUGCUCAACAAAUUCGUCUUCCUGAAUUUCUUGGCCUUCCCCUUCUUCGUGGACCUACGGCGGCCAGAGCUGCUGCUGAACAACACCAUCAGCCUGUACCUCAACACCGAGCCGGACGUCACCGUCGGCAUCUGGCACAUGGUGCCAGGCAGCAGAGCGGCUGAGGCGCAGGGCAAGGACCAGCUCUGGUACGAGGAGGCACUUGCUGACGCUCACCCUGUGAUCAUCUACCUGCACGGCAACGGGGGCACCAGAGCUGCGAGCCACCGCAUCCAGUUCUUGAAGGCCAUGGGAGCUGCUGACUUCCACAUCCUGGCCCUCGACUACAGAGGCUACGGGGACUCCAGUGGGUACCCCACGGAGAGCGGCUUCACCACGGACGUCCUGGCACUCUAUGACUGGGCCAAAGCACGGAGUGGGAACAGCAGCAUCCUCUUCUGGGGACACUCAUUAGGGACAGGGAUUGCCACGAACGUGGCAAGGAAAUUGCAGGAGGAACGAGGGGUCCAAGUUGAUGCUGUCAUCCUGGAAUCCCCCUACACCAACAUCCGUGAGGCGGCCGCUCACGUCCCUGUCACCAAGAUUUACCGGCAGCUCCCAGGUUUUGAGUACCUCAUCUUGGACUCACUAGCCCAUGCCAACAUGUUCUUCACCAGUGAUGAGAAUGUGAAGGUGCUGAGCUGCCCGCUCCUCAUCCUGCAUGCGGAAGAUGAUGCUGUGCUGCCUGUGCACAUGGGCCGUAAGCUGUUUGAGGUGGCACACAAUGCCUACAAGGACAAAACCAAGGUGAAGCUGAUUACCUUUCCUGAAAAGCUUGGCCUGGGCCAUGACUACAUCUCAUUCAACCCAGAGCUGCCCACCCUGGUGAAAGACUUCCUGAACAUGAAGUGACAGCAGCUGCUGAGAGCAGCAACCAGGAGCACCAGGACUACCCCUCGUGGCACUGAACUAGUAAAGUAAGAAAGUAAUAAAAACUACUGAGAAACGUU